AUCACUCGCUAAUGGAAGGCGUGUUCUACGCCGCCGCAGCAUACGUGGACAUUUUAUUAUAACGCGUCUCAAGCAGAAAGCAAUUACGGAGUGGAGGCAAAAUGAAAACACAAUACAACCAGCAACAACAACAGCGAGCUCGUUAGAACUCAGGAGAGACAAGCGUACCAACAGCGACGAGCGCCGAUUAUAGGCAAUUAGCUAACUCUCUAGCCCUGUAUAAACACGCACAUUCGUACAAAUAACUAAAAAAUUAUAGGCAUGUGUGUGCGUGUGUUUGUACUCGCAUUUGCGACAGCAACCAAUACCGAUUGGUGAUCACUUGCUUAGCUCUCUCUAUUAGUCUCGCUCAUUGGUAUACGCCAUAUUGGAUUUGAUGUGCCGUUAGGCGGAGCUUCUACUUGUUGGUGGUUUGUGUUGCGCGCCAUGCAAUGAAGGCGCGAAAACAGUGGGACCAGCGUGAUAGUGGUAAUCUCUCGCACCAACAACCCCCGCUGAGCACAGCAGAGUUAAUGAACGCAGCCAACCAAAAGUCUCCUCGUUUCGGGUACGUAAUGUGUCUGCGUGGCCAGAGAUAGCGUCGUUUAUUUAUUGUCGUGUCUGCUUGCUUUUGGGCCCUUGCCAGUGUGUCAGCGCUGGGAACAGUCGUCAAUGUUGAGCGACAGUUAGUUUGCUGUCGACUUUUCAACGGUUCAGUGCUUCGGGUUUUGCGGAGUAGCUGGUAAUUUAAUUGGGAUUGCGUGUAUACUCAAGUGUAUUGCAAUAGAUUUAUCAAAAAAUAUUAGAUUUUACCGGAGAAUUGUAAAAUGGAGUGAAAAGCCGUUAUACAUAUGCAGAUAUAUAUGUUAAAUACGCAUAACAAUAGUGAAAAGAAAAUUGGAUUGUGCCAAAGUGUUUAUUGUGUUAGAAAAAAAAAAACAAAAAAAAAAACUAAAUAAUAAAAAAAAAAAAUAACUGUAAAUAAAUCUCUAUCGCCUUAAUUAAAAUUGUCACUCUCCAGCAUGGAGGGUACUCGGCCCCUGGCUACGGAAACCGCUAGCAAGCUAACCAAAUUUUCAACACCUUUUUCUAUCGAGAGUCUGAUCGCCAAUCAUCAACAGCAACAGCAGCAACAACAACAACAAGAGUUCGAAAGAAGCACACAAAUAUUAGCGUCUACCAAUAAUCGGGAGCAGGACGAGCUGAAUGCGCGCGCUUUAGUCGCCACAUCAGCCUUAGGCCUCGCCAAUUUUCCCUUCUACAACCCCUGGCUACACGGCUACUUCGCACAAAAUCAUGAUCGGCUGACGCAGUUGAUCUCCAGCGGUUGCCACCUGACCAACUUUGCCAAAGCCGAGCAGGGAAUAAGCUCAGCGCCUCCACCGCUACCGCAACAAUUAGCGUCGAAAAACGCAACCACGUUGCCACCUGCCCUUCCGCAUGCGUUGCCACCGGGUGCUAAUUUCACGGGCAACAGUGAUCAUGCACGUUCACUGCCGUCGGUGUCUGCACAUGCGUUGGAGCCACAAUUGGCAACGCGUUUUCUCUUUAAUCCGUCGGAUGCGAAUUACCGCGAUAAAUUAUUUCUAAGUAGUUUCAACGGUGGCCUGGUUAGUGGUGAGCAUGCUCCACCAACAAAUGUGGCGCCAGCGAGUCUUGCCAAUGAUAUCACCGGUGAACAGCAGCGUUCGAAUAUGGAAUAUGCUGGUGAUGAUUAUGUGCACAAUUUAACGGUACAUACGCGCCUGCAUAGUCCCCAGACGAGUAGAGCCAGCGCGGUGCCAUGCGAACAAAAUGCAAACGAUAUGAGCUUGAUGGCUUCGUCCGCCUCAAGUUGUGCGAAUACAAAUAGUCGCGAUUCGCUGAAAUCUCACACGUCCGAAGCGCUCUUGGAUGUGGGCAUGGAUGAGGAUUUCGACUGCAGCGGUGAUUCCUGUAGCGAUAUUAGUUUAACAAUGUCACCGAAAAAUUACAGCAUUGAUAUGGAUAAGAGCAGAGGCUAUACACACUCUGACAGUGAAGACUGUUCCGAUGAUGAAGGGACGAGCGGACAAAACGACUCAAAUAAGGACUCCUCCAGUAAUUGUGGAGGAAGUAGCUCGAAAUCGCGGCGAAGACGUACAGCUUUCACCUCCGAACAAUUAUUAGAGCUAGAAAGAGAAUUUCAUGCGAAGAAAUAUCUAAGUUUAACGGAGCGGAGUCAAAUAGCGACGACUCUUAAACUCAGUGAAGUGCAGGUGAAAAUCUGGUUUCAAAAUCGACGCGCCAAAUGGAAGCGCGUCAAAGCCGGUCUCACAUCGCAUGGCCUCGGCCGUGGUGCUGGUGGUGGCACCAAAAUAGUCGUACCCAUACCCGUGCAUGUGAAUCGCUUUGCGGUGCGUUCACAACACCAACAACUGGAGAAAAUGUGCCUGAGUGGUCCAAAACCGGAUCUGCGCAAGAAAAUGCCCACCGAACUGAGCGGCUUUGAGAAAUUCAAUGCCGCCAAUGGCGUGGUCGCGGGCCUGAGCAAUGGCAGCGCUGCUAGUGUGCUCAGCGCGGCGGCGACGCCAGCAGCAUUAAUGGCGGCAGCGAAUAUGGCCGCGGCGACGAACACGGUGACGGGCACUUUGGCCUUGGCGAGGAGUAUUUAUUGAUUGGUCGCCGUAUUUAUUCGCUCGUAAUUUAAGACUUUCAAAAGUUUCAUGUUUGUUUUGAGAUUAUAAGUUAAUUAAGUGAUUAAUUUAACAUAAAUUUAUUUGUUUUUGAUUUUUCAAUUAAAGCCUAGUUUACUUGAAAUACUAAGAGAAUGUAAAUGAAAAUGAAACACUUUAAAU